CUCCAUUUCCUCCAUUUUUGUCGCGCCCGCUUGCGCUCGUUCGACUAUUUUUUUUCUUUCCUCCUCUCCUUCCCUCCACAGCAGCGCACGCAGGUCGAGGAGCACGCGCGCCUUUCCUAACGCCGCACCGUAAAAGGGAAAGGCGAAAGCGAAAGCCGGUCAGCGUCAGCCCAAGCGUGAGAGGGCAGAACCGCGCAGGCUGCCGAUAGGGACCAAACAGAGGAAGAAAAGCUGGUUGACGACGUGGCCUCGCGCGUCGAUAUAAUUCAUCACCGCCGCCUCCGACAAAUCGAGCCGGAGCGUGAAACGACGAGCCCAUCCAUCGCCAACCGGACCCAUCAGCAGAGCUACCUCCAUCUCUGAUUCACCCCCGCUCGCCCGAACGACGUACUUCCUUCGCGACUCCAGCUCCACACAAACGGGACGACCCAAAUAAAAAAAAAUUGAGACGAGCGCGCGCCUGGACUUACUUGGACUGGGUAAGUACUGUGGGCGAUAUGGCCGACAUGAUGCCUUCUCCUCCGCCAUCGGCCAUGGGCCUGCAGUCCGAACACGAUCAAAGUGGCGGACCUGCGCGAAAGCAGCAAAAGAAGAACAGCGGCGAGGGUGCGCCGGCUCAAGCCUCGUCAUCCAGCAAUCCGUCUGGCCCUCCCUACAUCUGUCCCACCUGUCAGACGAGCUACUCACGGCUCGAGUAUCUGAGAAGGCACGAAAGAAGGCAUGCCGACAUUCGGCCCUUUGUGUGCGAUUGCGGAAAGGGCUUUUCAAGAAGUGACGUCCUGUCCCGCCACAAGAAGCAGUGCGCCGUCUUCAUCAGCGGUGGUUCGGCAGAGGAUGGCUCUGCGCAGCAAACAACCAAGAGAGCGUCGGCUACCAAAUCGAGGAGGAAUACCAGCACAGGCAAAGGAAGGAAAAGUGGGGCGAGCAACAAUGGCAACGACAAUGGCAACCACGAUGGGCAGGAAGAGGAGAGCCCACCCUCUGCCAACUUCACGUCGCAGUCUCCGAACGUCGGAUCCAGCACUGCCGGUUUCCCCUUCUCGACGUCGGCCCUGGCUCCACCGUCUGCACCCCCUCCGCUGUUGCCACCGGCCCCGUAUGGCGUUGAGGGCAGCAACGGAGCCGAAUACUCUCGCAGCAACCCCCCAUAUGGCCUUCCCGGCGGAUCGAUGAACCACCUGACUUCGCUUGGCAGCACCUUCAACCAGCAGCACAACUACCCUUCUAGCCCCGAAUCCAACGGCACAAUCUCGCAGCAUGGCAGCCCCCGCUUCGCCGCUCGAGACAUGUCUCGACACGGCAGCAACUCGAGCAGAUUUUCGCUGCGUAAGAGCGGAGGCAGCUUUGACCACAUCGCACCUCGCUCCAAUGCCACCAAUUCGACGGCGGCUACCUCUAAUCACUACUCGCAAGAGUUCUGGGACGCCCUGGAUCCGGCCGCCAAGGGUGCUUCGCUUCAAGGCAACGAGUUCUCGUCCUCGAGCAACCCGCCUCCUCCGUUCACGACCCAUGCCCCAUUCUCUCUCUCUGCUGAGGCCAACGCUGGCAUCGCCGCCGCGAGCGGUGUCCCUGCCUCGACGACAGCCACGGGUCUGGGUGCGACGACACCGCGCGGAGAACCACAGCGGUUCGCCGUCUCGACGGGGCCUCUCUCGCCCUUUUCAAGCAUCGCAUUGACCUCGUCGAUGUCGCCUUAUCUCAGUGCAUUCUCCAAUGCCAGGGAUACGCCCUUUGUGGCUAGUCCGAGCAGAGGUGCGCUACCGGGCACGCCUGGCUCAUCGAGCAUGAACGUCUUUGACUGGACCAUGCGGCCGCCCAGCAAGCCGGCCAGCAGCAACCCAACGAGCGGCAAGCGGGACAGCUUGAGCCAGCAGGGUGCCGCACCAGCCCUCCCCCAGGGUGUUGGACCAGGCCCGAAGCGCAAGCGUGAGGAUGAAGAUCAGCAGCAAUAUCAAGGCAAACGCCCGUCUUUGACCAGCAAGCAGGACGAAGAGGGCGCCGCCGCCGCUGCCGUCAUGGCCGCCGAUCCUGACCAAAGGACCGCGGCCGAGCUCCUCGACUCGCUCAGAACGGGUGGCACGCCUCGCCAACAUGGCAAGGAGGAGGAAACAACUACCAAUCACAACGACGGUCAGCGCAUGCAGCAGCACCAGCAACAGCAGUCGCACGAGUCCCGAACAAUGGAGGGUGGGAGAGAAGACGGUCGAGGGACCGCCAAGGCCGAAGGUGAAAAUGGCCAGUCAUCGGGAAAUCAGUCUUUUUUUGAGGGGAGGAACGUCACUGCGGGGCCAGAGGCGUUCCUGCUACGUCUGCAAGGCGGCUUGGAAGAGUCGCGCGCAGGCUUGCUGGGCCCCGAUGGCAAUGUCAUCAACACCGAGGCGCCCUUUGGGGGCGCCAGCGGCAUAUCUCUCGGUGCCAUGGCCAGCCAUGCGCCAUCGACGACUAAUGCAGCAGCCAUGUCGGCUCGCGCUUGGGACGUGGGAGCAAUCAUGGCCAACAAUGGCGCCACUGGUCUCACACCGCUCUUUAGCGGGGCGACAGGCACAGGCGCAGCCGGCUCCAACAACAUGAGCUGGCUCCUGAGUCCUGGCGUCCAACAGAUUAUCAACAACUUUACGGGACGAUCGGAAGCACCAGGGGAUGGAGGAAGCUACUUCUCGGGCGCACCCAACGGAAGUGCUCACGAGAGCGCUCUGCCGCACGCCGCGGCGAUGGAUGCAGGCCAGAAUGGAGCCCCAUCUCCCCCGUCACAACAAAUCAACAGCUUGGCUCUCGAGCGAGCAUUGGGAGAUGUCAAGAAUCCUUUCUACCUCCCUCCUCACCUCUUUCGAUCGUGCUACUCGAUCACGCAUUGGGCCCUGCCGUCACUGACUCGGUUGAGCAUGCUGGCGCUGCACUCGCAGCAAAACCUUCUCAAGCACUUUCCCAUUCUCCACGAGCCGACUUUUCGACUAGACACGACGCCGGGUUGCCUGGCAUUUGCAAUGUGCAUGCUGGGAAACCAUCAGGUGGGCCGAAUGUGGUGGGCCGGCGAGGAAGUUGUCCCGAAGAAGGGUCCGUCAGCAUGGACGAUUGCGACCCCAAAGGACGAGCCAAUGUACCGGGACAAUGUCGACGAGCUGUCGAAAAACGGACUGUUUGAAAAGCGCGAAGAUGAGGUGCGAUACGAUGAAGAGGAUGGCCAGGAGCUCGUCCGUCCCAUCGUCAUGACGGAAAAGGUCGAUAUGCUCAUUCGCAGCUUCGCCAGCCGAGCAAGAUCGACCAAGGACAAGGUCUUCGUCGUCGAAGCCCUGAUGCUCUUUCAGUCCAACAAUUUUCUCAGCUCCGACCCCGCAACCAGGUCCGUCGCCGCCCUCUCGCACAGCUCCGUUGUAAAUUUGGCCAGGAAGGCGGGCCUUUUUGAUGUCGAUGCACCUCACGCGCAAAGGUUCGUCACCUACACGCCCGAUGAUGUUGUGCGCUCGACUAUCUUUGAGGCAAAUGACCUGUGUUUCAGCUUUUCGUUUUUGCCAAAUUACUUGCCCAGCUGCCCCGACGAGGAAAAGCUCUGGCGUCGAUGGUCUGACUACGCCGGCCGCCGACGCACAGCCUUUAUGAUCCUCAUCAUGGACACCGUCGCCAGCUUGGACGCCGGUCUGCCUGUCCAAAUCGGCUUUGACGAGGUUGUGCAUCUGCCCCUACCCAGCCCAGACACCGUCUGGCGAGCACCCAACUCCGAGACGUGGAGGAAAAACUUGGAACGCUACCGGGGUCCUACCUUUGACGAAGCCAUGAGCGAUCUGCUCGCUCCUCGUCAAUCGGACGACGAGGCGUUGGCGCAGAGCACGGACAAGGACGCUUCGACGAGGGCGCCCACCGUUUUUGGCGGUCACGGUCCCUUUGCCAGGCUCGUCAUGAUUAUCGCGCUGCUCCGUGGCAUUAUUCACCUUCUUGAGGGCAGGAGCAAACGGGUCCCCAAGGAAUCGCCUGUUGAGACAUGGCUUGCCAAGGCCGAACUCGCCCCGAGUGCAAUGAGCAACAGGCCGCCAUUAUCCAAGCUUGACCGAGAUGCGCACAUCUUUCGCCGAGCUCUGGCCCGGUGGCGCAAAGCUUGGGACCACGACAACCUUUGCCUUGGUGCUUCGGGCCACACAGGGCAACUCAAGGCGGCAAAGCUGAGCGUCUCCGAACCUGGCACCCACCAUCUCUUUGCCAGCCGCACGGCUUCGGGUGCAACGCCUUUGUCAGACGACGCUCUGCCAUUCUUUUGGCUUGCUCAGGUCUUACUGGUCCACGGCAGUAGCAACCAUGCGCUAUCCCACGACUCCGACCUGACGCCGCCCAACAGCACCAUCGAGAGCCCAGUGACUUCCUUGACACCUGAGCAGAAGAGGGCAGGGAAGCUUCCCGACUUUAAGAGGAUGCUGCGCGUCGCGAAGAAUUUCGUCGAUCGAGACGAGGAUGUGUAUUUGGACGGCCGCAUCAAUGGCGGUAGCAUCAGCGACGAGAUGAGGGAGUUUGCGAUGGCAAAGGCAGCGAUGGCUCGGACGUAGGUUCAAAAAAAAAUCUCGAUACAAUAUGUGCAAAGUUUUCCCCCUUCACCUCCCAUCUCCCCACCCCGUCAUCCACUGCCCUUUUCUCUCUUGUACGGCUUUUGACAUCCCAUUCUUCUGUGUAACCUUUGUCUCUUUCUUACUCCAAAAAGAACGAUAAUGAGAUUUGGGUGUUUUCCGGCU